AUGGAGCUUAAAGACAUCUUUAAUAUGCUUGAUGUGACUACAGAUGGUAAUGUGAGUCGACAGGAUUUAGAGACUUUUUUAGAGGAUAUCGGUGCACCUUUGACCAAUGAGGAAAUUACUAGUAUGAUGGAUGAUAUGGGUGACCGCUUCACCUUUACCCUAUUUUUGACUACUUUAUGUGAGCGACUAUCUAACAUCGAUUCUGAGAACGUAAUUGCCUCUGCUUUACAAGUUUUGGACCCAUCGGAAAGUGGUUUGGUGGCCGUCACUGAGCUAGAAGCCGCACUUUGCCAGUCCGGCGGUGUUUCGGCCGAAGAGUGGCAGGCCUUAGAAAGACUACUUAAGCCUUCUGAAGGUCGUGUGGCCAUCAAAGACCUGGCGAAAACCAUUAGGCACUGUGGACUAGCCUUAUCAGAAUAA